AGCGCGAGAGGGAGGAGUCUGCAAAUCGCAGGCAGAGAGAGAGAGAGAGAGAGAGGGACGUCGACACACACAUGAUAGUACGGAUAAUGCGUUGACGACCGGCGCCCCGUUGGCACAUGCGCGUAACGACGCGCCCCGACCGUCCACCGAUUUCGAUUUUAGUCGUUCGCUGCUUUCGGGUUGGGGGAAAUCGUGUUCGUUCUACGCGUCAAGGCUUUAACCGAAAAACAACACGACAAAGGUUCUCAUACCUUCUUACAGUGCAUCGAAUUAGAGCUUUUGUUAAAAAUAAACUUUUAAUCGAAAAGGAAAAACAGUGUGUUAUUACGAAAGAAUCGAAGCGGAAGAUAAAUUGACCGAGCAGAACACGCGCGCGCUGCUUGAGCGAAGAGCAUUGUAAGAUCUCUGAGAAAUUUUCGCGCGGCAACGUAUUUUGUGCUGUUCUCGUAAUGGCGGAAAUUAUGUUUUUUGUUAUUUUUUCCACUUUAUUGUUGAAAUGAUUGCCGUGACGCGAUGUGUAUGACCGGUUCAUCGGAGCACUGUAGGUAUCCGUUAAUACGAGAGGAAUAAAUACUGCAGCGGAAGACCGGAUAUCGCUUGCUCUUUAUAUAUAUAUAUAUAUAUAUGCGCACGAAUAGUACACAUGUGUAUGUAGAGUACGGCUUAUGAAUGUACAUCGCGUAGCAGAAGACGCGGUCUAACGUGUGCGCCGGUCGUAAGAUACGAUAAUAACAAACGCGAAAGAGUUCCGGUGUACAGAUCCGAAUACCAAUAAGGAGAUAUCGAAAGUCUUCUAAAAUAGAAGAAAAAGAGAGGGAAAAGGAAAAAUAUUUUCAAGACGGCGGCGAACGGUAAAAUUGUAAUGAGCGGGUCGGAUCCCGUGAAAUUGUCGUCGCACCGAAAUAAUCCCGAGGCGCAUAAUCGUUUCGGGAAACGACACAACACAAUGGAAAAAUUGGAACUGAAGCAAGAGCCACCGGAAGACGAGGAGGAAGAUUGUUACUUGGACGAACAACGUUCUCGUUCGCAAACAGGAACGAUGUCAAGUUCAACGACGACGACGGCGACGACGACAACGACAACGACAAUGUCAACUUCGGCGUCGCACACCGGACGCGUCCGUUCGCACGCUCGGAGCCUCCGCGCGAUGGCCAAUCCGAGCGCCGUAUGGGCUCAUUUCGAUCUUUGCGCGAACGAUGCUCUUCGAGCUCAGUGCCGUAUAUGCGGUUCCGUCGUUGUCCGUGGUGGCGCUAAUCCCCGUCAAUGCGGUACCACCAACCUUCAUCGACAUCUUCGCGUCCAUCACGGUGGACGACUAAUUGGAAGACGUUAUCAUGUGAUGCAAUCGGGAUCUCAGGCGACUUCCGGUGGAGGAAGAACGAUCAGGAUAGCCGCGCAAUCCCUCGUUAGACAACCACUGAGAAAUAUAGCGCCGGCACCAACCGGACAACAUCGCCAACAGCAACCAAAGACUCUUGUAUUAAAAACUAUACCGUUGAAGGUGAAGCAGGUCGCGCCAACAACCAUCAAAAUGGCACCUCGCCAACCGAAUGUUGGAGUGCCCCAGAACAUUUUGCCUCAACAAUCCACCGAGGUUUGUCUGAGAUGGAACAGUUACCACAGCAACAUGCAAAACAGUUUUCCAUCACUUUUGGACACGGAGCAAUUCGUCGAUGUUACGUUAGCUUGCGAGGGACGUUCCCUGAAGUGUCACAAGAUGAUACUUUCAUCGUGUAGCGAUUAUCUCGCUGCUCUCUUACGAGAAAAUCCAUGUCAGCAUCCGAUAAUACUGAUGAAAGAUCUCAAGUUCUGGGAAGUGGAAGCACUCGUUAAGUUUAUGUAUCGGGGUGAAGUAAACGUUGCACACGACAAGUUGCCGCAGCUUCUCAACGCCGCUGAGGCACUUCAAAUCAAGGGUUUGGCAGGACCGAGCCCCUCUCUCCAGAAUCCAAAACUACCAAAAUUGGUACCACAAUCGAAGCCUCUGAAUCAUCAAAGUGGAACUGGCAGCCCUCGCGUCGUCGGAUCCGAAACGAAAGAAGCAUCGCGAAAAGGAGCGGCGGCGGCGGCGGCGGCGUCAUCGUCAUCGGCAGCACAACCAGCAGCUACGACGGCGCCAGCAGCGGCAACAUCGGCGACGCCGACAGUUGCGCUCACAGUUCCGAGUAGUCCUAAACGAUUGCAAAAACGUCAAGCUUCGGAGCCUCCCCAGCCCCGAAUAUUCACGAAAAUUCGUCUUCAACGGCCGGUCACACCGACCUCCCCGAAUUUGACGGUGAAACUGGAGCCUUUGGACAUUCCGUUGAGUCCGACGGAAAUAUUCCCGGAGCAUCAUCAUCAUCGUCAUCAUCAACAUCAUCAACAUCAUCAUCUUCAUCAGCGUCGCCAUCAUCACAGCCAGGAUGAGGAUAUUAGUUCGACGGCGUCAAAUUUUGACAAUCUUGUAAUGGCGAUGCACGAGGACGAAGAUCCGGGUGGCGAAGACGAUCGCUGCAGCGACGACAUUAAUUUCUCCGAGUUACCCGGCAGAAGAUCGGACGAUCCGAACAACCUGAAUGACAACGAGGAACAAAUGGAAUUCGUCCCGACCGACUUUUUGGAACAGGAACAAGACAUUGUCGAAGAGGCUGAUUUCGACAAGAGCAGCAACGAGGCAACCGACGAGGAAGGAGAAGACGAAGAGGAGGAAGAGCAACAGGAAGAGGAAGAAGAGGAUGAAGAUGCGGGAGAAGAGGAGGAGGAAGAGUUGGAGGAGGAGGAAGAGGAAGAGGAAGAGGAAGACCUCGUUGAAGAAACGAUACAAACACCGUCUGAGAAUCGAAAUAAAAAUGCCGAAGACACUCGAUGCGACAAGCAAAGAACCGAAAAACGUACAAAUUCUGAAAAAACAUUGUAAGACCAACGAUCGUGGAUAAGCAUCGGUCCCAUUUUAUCGAAAACAUUUAUUAUUUUUAUUUCAAAUAUAAUUCCGCCAACUUGAUUUUUAAGAAAUUCAUAAUCGAAUAGUCGCGGCGGGAUCCCUGAGUCAUACGAAAGUACACCCGGAAAUGGCGCAUUUUCGCCAGUCAAUAAAAAAUAGCCAUAGAGCAAAAAAGAACUACUUUAAAACACGUCCUUUGUGAUAUCAUAUUUUUGAAAGUCAUUAGGUUACUUAACAUCUUAUCAUAUUAUCAUAUUUUUUUGUAUAUUAAGUUUGUUCCUCUACUCUGCCAUAAACGGUAUGGACUCUUCUGUUUCCUAGCGCGUGUUUUUUUUUUUUUUUCUUUUUCGAGAAAUAACCAAUGUAAUAUAUUUCGUCGCUGCAAACUCUCGACCCUUGGAUAACCUUUCGCAAGUUACCGCGUAUAUGAGAAGACUACGACGUUCUCAACACUACCCCAGACCUCAACUUGUUGUAUAAACCUCGGUUUUUCUUGCAAGCUCAAUAUUAGUACGUCUCAUUUUCGAGCGUUUUAGGUGAUGCGCAUGUGUAUAAAUUGUGGGUGCGUGAACGAACGUGUGGUUACGCAGAACAAUUUUUACGACUUUUGCGGGAGGAUGGUCCGACGAGAUCAACAUCGGCAUUCUCACUUUUUAUUCAUGGUGGCUUCCCGUAUAUAUAUAUAUAUAUAGUUCCGUCGAGAACAUUUAUUUAUUUUUCUUUUUUCAUCUUUCGAGCUUCUUAUUGCUCUGGAACUUUUUGACAUAUUUUUUAGUUGUAGAAGAUACGAUGAUAAUAUCGGUUUACGUGUGUUUUACCAUUGAAAGUACGGCAAAAGUCGUGUUUAAAUUAUUUUCAAAGAAGCUUUCUUUAGAGUGAACAGAUUUCAUCCUGAAAAAAAGGCAUCAAUAAAUGUGUAUGAGUCGAUUUUUUUUUUUUUUAGCAUUUUGUAUUCAUGAAAAAUGCAAUAAUCUACCGCAAUGGAUGUGCAAAGUCAUGAAAGUAUACAUUUUGUGUGUUUUAAGUAUCAACGAAAAAAACCUCAUCAGCAAAUUAAUCUAUGAUGUGUUCAUCUGUGAAUGAUUCAAUGCGUCUUCGUUUCAUCAAACGAUUUUGUAUUAUAAAUAUAUAUCUAUAGAGUGUACGUAUAAAUUACAUGUAUCUCGAAUUUUUUCUCGGGCUCGUUAAUUCAACGAGCCUGGUAAACCAAAUACGAUUAAAAUGAAAAACCGAUAAGUUACAAUUGAGAACGAGAAAAGUAUAUGUACAUUGUAAAUGAAGAUAAAAAGAUUUAAUGAAAAAAAAAUAACAGAAAGAAUUGUCUCAAAGAAUAAAAAUAUAAAAAAUUA